UCUGGUUCACAAUUCUCAUCGGAUCAUCGCCAACACAGAGAGAGACUGUAACCGUCAAUGGCCACUCUUCUUUCCUCAUCGUCUCUCCUCUUCACUUCUUCUUCUUCUUCUUCUUCCCCAAUCUCCAAAUCCAAUCUUCCUCCUCCUUCGCUCUCUCCCACUCCACGCUUCUCUCUCUCUUCAGUCUCUCACUACUCUUCUUCUCUCUCCGCUUCUCCCCGUUUCCUCCCAUUCCCCAAAUCCUCCAAGCCUGUUUCUUCUUCUUCAUCGUCCUCUUUCACAGUCAAGGCCGAGAAGGCAAAGGUCUUGAUCGUCAACACGAACAGCGGCGGCCAUGCCGUCAUUGGCUUCUACUUCGCGAAAGAGCUUCUGGGUUCUGGCCAUGAAGUCACCAUCUUGACUGUUGGUGAAGAGACUUCGGAUAAGAUGAAGAAGCCUCCUUUCAGCAGAUUCUCGGAAAUUGUGGGUGCUGGUGGGAAGACGGUUUGGGGAGACCCAGCGGAAAUCGGGAAGGUUUUGGAAGGGGCAGCGUUUGAUGCGGUGUUGGAUAAUAAUGGCAAAGACUUGGACACUGUCAGACCUGUUGUAGAUUGGGCCAAGAGCUCUGGUGCUAAGCAGUUUCUGUACAUCAGCAGUGCUGGAAUAUAUAAGCCAACUGAUGAGCCUCCUCAUGUUGAAGGGGAUGUUGUCAAAGUUGAUGCUAGUCAUGUUGGAGUGGAGAAGUACAUUUCAGAGAUUUUCAGCAGCUGGGCAAUUUUCCGGCCACAAUACAUGAUUGGCUCCGGCAACAACAAGGAUUGUGAGGAGUGGUUCUUUGAUCGAAUUGUUCGGGGAAGGCCAGUUCCAAUACCCGGCUCAGGAAUGCAACUAACCAACAUCUCCCAUGUUAGAGAUUUGUCGUCCAUGCUCACUUUGGCAGUCAAGAACCCGGGUACUGCAAGUGGCAACAUCUUCAACUGCGUGAGCGAUCGCGCCCUGACGCUGGACGGGAUGGCCAAACUAUGCGCGCAAGCAGCAGGCAAGGCGGUUGAGAUUGUGCAUUAUGAUCCCAAAGCUGUUGGUGUUGAUGCAAAGAAAGCUUUUCCCUUCCGCAAUAUGCACUUCUAUGCAGAACCAAGAGCCGCUAAGGACAUUCUUGGGUGGAAAGGAACCACAAACCUUCCCGAGGACUUGAAGGAGCGGUUUGAGGAGUAUGCGAAGAUUGGAAGGGACAAGAAGCCGAUGAAAUUUGAGAUAGAUGAUAAGAUCCUCGAGUCAUUGAAAGUGCCAGUGGCUGUAUGAUAUGGCUUUGAUUAUUUUACAACACCGAAAGAAACGUAAUUUUUGUGUUGCGUUCUCUGCUAUGCUAAGAGGCAGUGCAGUGUGUAUCCAACGUAGGUGAUUCAGAGUUAAAAAUACCAUCAAACAACUUCUGGCUUUGGAGUAAA